UUGUUUUUUGCCGGAAAAGAAUAUAUACACGGUUCUCUCGUGUGUAUAUACACACACAUAUAUAUAUUGAUAACUGUGUAUUUGAUCUCCGGAGGUCCGACAAAAGAAAUGGAAUCCGGUCGUAUUUUCUUUGACCCCUCGUACCAUGGCAACAUGUUAUUUAUUGGCAACGGCGAGUCUGUUUAUCGAGGAGCAAGAUCGGCGAUGAACAUGGAGGAAACCUCGAAGAGGCGACCUUUUUUCAGCUCGCCGGAAGAUUUGUAUGAUGAAGAAUAUUAUGACGAGCAGUUACCGGAGAAGAAGCGCCGUCUCACUCCUGAGCAGGUGCACUUGCUCGAGAAAAGCUUUGAAACGGAGAACAAGCUGGAGCCAGAUCGCAAAACUCAGCUGGCUAAGAAGCUAGGUCUGCAGCCGCGGCAGGUGGCGGUGUGGUUCCAGAACCGCCGUGCACGAUGGAAGACCAAACAGCUCGAAAGGGAUUAUGAUCAACUCAAGUCCUCAUAUGAUUCUCUAGCGUCCAAUUAUGACUCCAUUCUCAAAGAUAAUGAGAAACUGAAAGCUGAGGUUCUUUCCUUGACAGAGAUGCUGCAAGGAAAAGAGACUGCAGGAGAGAAAGAGAAUCCACUCCCGGUGGAUGCUCCGGCCGAUACCACCCCUGUCCAACUCAUUGUGAAGGUGGAGGACCGCCUCAGCAGCGGUAGUGACGGAAGUUCAGUGGUCGAUGAUCAGGAAGGUCCACAGCUAGUGGACAGUGGGGAUUCCUAUUUUCCGAACAAUUAUUACAUGGGUUGUGUGGCUGCAGGGGUGGUGGAGGGUAUUCAAUCUGAGGAGGAGGACGGCAGUGACGAUGGCGGCAGCUAUUUCUCGAAUGUGUUACUGGCGGCGGAAGGGCAGCAGCUGGAGGGGGAGGGUGAGCCACUGGGCUGGUAUAUUUGGUCAACAUUAGAUAAUUAGUAAUAAAUAUUUGCUAUGUCGAGUGUUUUCAUGGUUCUGCUUAUAAUCUGGGACUAAGCCUUGUAUCAUAAACUUCCUAUGUAGUUGCCCCAUGAGAUGGAAGUGUAAAACUUGAGAAUAUUCUAUAAUUGGCAAUUAUAUGGAAAAUGAAUAAGAAAAAUUCAAAGUUGUUUUGAGGUG